AUGACAGUGUUUGGGAGGAGGAUUGCUCUUGCAGAAGCAGUUUAUGCUUUCGUAGUAUUAAUGAGCACUGCCACAGGCCAAGUAGCCGCAGACAAAGUAGAAUGUCGUACACAAGCGCGCCAAACCGAUGAUGGAAGUUUGGCAAUGGGCAAGGAUGCUUCACAUAUGCCUACUUGGACGGAAUUACCCGAGGACGUGUGGUACACCGCUAGUGUAUUCCUUACAAAUGAUUCGUCCUCAGAGCGAAUGAAGGAAUGCGCUUGUGACAGGGUUAUGUUCAAUAUUCUAUCAGCAUGUGCAGGAUGUUAUAAAUGGGAUUGGUCAUACGUCAAUACCACAGAUAUCGAAUGGCAAAGAUUUGAAACAUAUCAAGAUGGUGUAUGUCCUAACGAGCUCAAAAAGAAAAGGGUAGUUGCAUGGGUCCCCUCGCCACCUGCUUGGGCAACUAGUUUCAAUGAGGAUGCAUUCGAUCCAAAAUCCUUUAAUCUCGAUACAAUUACAGCUCCAAGUUCAACAUUUCCAGAUUCGGCCACCAAUUCUCCGAGUGACACCAAGGCAGUUAUCGGCGCAUCGCCAACCUCAGGAGAUGUGCAGUCCGCUGGUAUUGCUUCGUCUGGUCCGCCAAUUGGCGCAAUCGUUGGUGGCGUCAUUGGGGGUCUUGUAUUAUUAGGUGGGAUCGCAGGCUUGGCAUUCUGGUUGCACCGUCGCAAGCGCCGAGAUCGGGACGUUGCUCCCUCAUCCGAAUUCCUAAAACCCGAGUACUACACAACUCCGCCUUUAUUGACUGCUCACGAGCGGAGAGGCUCGGCUUACCAGGAUGAUAUGGAAGACGAAGUGAGGCCAAGCCCUACCAACCGGCACUCAUGGGGCGGCGGUCUGGUGACGACCCGAAGGGAAGAAGACGACGAUGACUGCGAGAUGCUUCCUCCAUUCACUCGAGGUACCUACAUUGGGCCAUCGCCGCACGAGAAGGGACAUCCUGAACGAAGAGACACGGGUGACACGGAUAUUACCAUGCGCACAAAUGAUACCACUACACCCCUCCUACCAUCGUCCUCUCUAACCCGGUGGUCUGGUCCUUCUUGA